UACAACCCUGUGCCUGAUACGAGGUGACUGGCCGGCCAGAGCUCCCCCUUCAGCUCCUGGGCCGGGGCUGGCCCCUGGCACCCAGAAGAGAUGUCCUCUGGCCGGCACCGCUGGAGUCUCGGCUCCCUCCUGCUGCUCCUCGGGAGAAACCUGGCUGUCCUUGUUGAAAUCCAUCAGGAUUCAAUCAAUGGCACCGUGGGUCAGUCCGUGCUCCUGCCCAUCACCUACAGAUUUAACAGUGCCCCUCACUUCCCUGUGUCAAUUGUCUGGAUGUUCAGCAACAGCAGGGACGUACUCAUCACCUGCACAGUGCUGAACUGCUCCCUGGAUGCCGGGGGGGCUCCCAGCAGCUGCAUUGCAAAUCAUUUCCCCCAUCGCACGUACCAGAGACAUGCUGAGGUCUUCCCGGAGAAUGGGUCCCUGCUGCUGCAGCACCUGCGGCUCAAUGACAGCGGGGUUUACAGUGUCAGAUUCAGCUCACCUUACCAAACCUGGCGUGUCACCCUGACUGUGCACGAGCAGCGUUUCACCCCUGAGCAUCCAGACACCAUGGGGCAAGACCACAUCCAUCACUUUGCAAUUGGAAUUUGUUCUUCAGUCUUCCUCCUUCUGCUACCCCUGCUCUUCUGCUGCAUUCGGCAUCGGGGUGCAGCUCAGCAGCAGAAGAGGAUAAGCAUCAGACAACAGCAGGUCUCAAGCAUGGAGGAGUCCCACAUGGAAAGCACUGUAGUGAGGGAUGUGGCAACCAUUUAUGCCAGAGUUGGAGACAGCUUUGAAGAGCCACAGCCGAGACUGACAUCAGAGGUCAUGUACACAUCCAUAGCUUCUCCUGGUCCACCGGGACUGUACACUGGUUUUACUGUGGGAGCUGCCCCAAGCAGGAGUUUUGCAGAAGGUAGUCAUGCCUCAAAGUAAAGAGGAUGUUUUUGCCACUGAUGCUGUCUCUGCUGAUGCUGCACCCUCGGUACUCCCCCUCCAGCAGCUCUGCGCACUGAGCCUAGGCUGUGAAGGAUUUGGAGCAACAGAGUACAGAAAUGCAUUAGUUUGCCUCAAACUGCAGACUCUCUUGAAUUUGAGGGAUGAAUCGAUUUUAGUUUCUCCUUGAGACUUCUUGAGAGUACAAAGACACCUGAUGUAAGAGAAAGAUGCCUAAGGCAAAGGCAAAUCAACAGUUCGUCCAUGGGAAGCUUGCUUCCAUAGACUCACCUUAAUUUGAGGGGUAAUGGAGAGCAUUAAAUGGA